AUGAAGGACACAUCUGGCAAUGGGGUGUUCGUGCAAAACAUUAGCGCACACAAGGGCACACGCUUUGUGAACGUCCCAUCCCUAGAUAAAGAAAUGCUUGCGAAGCAGAACGUGAUUCUCGGGAACAAUGACAAGCAAUAUUCCAUACAAGACGCUUCUAACCUUCGCGAGGACGCCAUGACGAAUCUGGCCUCCCCGAACUCCACCGCGGGACUCCUGACCACGGAGAACAGCCCGUCCUUCCAGGCCUUCGUCCACCCGUCGAACCGACCCAUCGUGAUGGCGGUCACGAAGAUGGAGCAGAGCUACAUGCAGACCCGCCUGAUGCUCCAGCAGUGCUCCCGCAACGUCCUGCUCGGGGUGCUGCUCUCGCUCGUGGAUGAGUACCCCACCAUCCUCGUCGAGCCGGUCCGCCAGCGUCUGGAGCAGCUCCUGACGAAUCGCACGGGGGCCGGUGGGAUCGCCACGGGGAACGGCCGCAGCGCGCAAUCGCCAAACGGGAGUACGACGAUGUGGUCGACUCCCCAGGCGAUCCAAGGCGGCUCGCCGAUGUUCACGGCCCCCACCCCGGCCCCCACCCCCACCCCGAGCCACCGUAAAAGCCGCGCCCAUCGCAACAAGGAGGAUGAGCAGGAGCUGUGCAGCGUGCACCACUGCCUGCGAGUGAUGAAACACCUCCAGCUGAACCACGCCACGGGGCUGUACGAGUGCGUGCACGGCUUUCACUGCCUUGUGGACGGCCCGGUGGAGACGGGCCCGACGACGAUGACGACGACGAACCCCGGCAUUGGGAAGGAAACCCCCAACUCCGACGCCCUCACUCAAACCACCCCCUCAUUGCCCUACACUUCCCCGACGCACCGGGAGGGGGAAGGAGGAGGGGGGCACCUGGGCUUCAACGCCCCUCCGGUGAUGGAAAUGAUGGGGAAUGGCGGGGUUGGCGUCGAGCCUCACCCUUUCGGCUGCACACCUUUGAUGAAAGAUUUCUCCCCUACUGCCGGCACCAACGCGCCGAUGUUGAUGGAGGACCAGGGGGAUGGGGGGUUCCCGAUCGAGGAGGACCCCGCCUUAGAUGUCCACACGCUCGCCAACUUGCUGAAAAGUGUACGGGCGAUGGAGAAGGAUGAGUAA